ACCCAUUUCAUUCUUCCAAAAUUCAAAAUUCCAAAAUCUGUCGUCCUUUUCCAACUUUGCCCCUUUACUCAUGGCUUCUAUUUACCAUCUCGCCACUCUCUGUUUCACUCUGUUUUUCUUCUCCUCCUCUGCUACCGCUCCUGAGCAUGGUCUCGGCCGGAAACUGGCGGCGCUCGUCCAGCAACAGCCUUUAGUACUUGAGUACCACAAGGGUGCUCUUUUGAAAGGGAAUAUCACCGUCAACUUGAUUUGGUACGGCCAAUUCACAUCCUCACAGCGCUCUGUAAUCGUGGAUUUCAUUCAAUCUUUAAGCUAUUCCGGAGCUCCGGCACCGUCGGCGACUCUUUGGUGGAAGACGACGGAGAAAUAUAAAGGCGGGUCGUCGAAUCUCGUCGUCGGGAAGCAGAUUCUUCACGAGUCUUACACUUUGGGGAAAAAUCUGAAGGACCUGCAUCUCAAGGCUUUGGCGAGGAAGGUCAAUCAGUUGAAUUCAGUGAACUUGGUGCUCACGGCGAAGGACGUUGCCGUAGAUGGAUUCUGCCGGAGCCGGUGCGGGACUCAUGGGUCGGUUCCGGUGGGUCGGAGCAAGGCAAGAACGGCAUAUGUGUGGGUUGGAAACUCUGAAUCUCAGUGCCCUGGGUACUGUGCUUGGCCGUUUCAUCAGCCUAUUUACGGCCCUCAGACGCCGCCGUUGAUCGCCCCUAACGGUGACGUUGGUGUUGACGGAAUGAUCAUCAAUUUAGCCACUGUUCUUGCAGGAACUGUGACGAAUCCUUUCAACGACGGGUACUUUCAGGGUCCACCGACAGCGCCGCUGGAAGCGGUUUCGGCCUGCACCGGGUUAUUCGGGUCCGGAGCCUAUCCGGGUUACCCGGGUCAAGUUCUAGUUGAUAAGGUCACCGGAGCCAGUUUCAAUGCUCAUGGCAUUAAUGGAAGGAAGUUUCUUCUUCCGGCGAUGUGGGACCCUCAGACGUCUACGUGUAAGACCUUGGUGUGACGUGGCUGACGUGGACGACACGUGGCAGUGGAGGCUUUUCCUGUGUUCUUGUUUUUUGCUUUGUAGAUAUAAUAUAAUGAGUAGAAAUGUGAUCCACGAAAACGAGUUUGGCUGCCGUAUGGUUGGGGAGAUGGAUGAAACGUCGUUUGGGUGGUGAUGUGUAAAUUCGUAUUUGAAAAAAUGGAGAAACAUAAAUAAUGUAAAACUUUAUUUAAAGAAAAGAAAAAAAAAAAAGAUUUAAAAGCAAGGGAAAGAAGCUAAUGUUUUUUUUUUUUUUUUUUUUAAUCCAAAGUGGGGAGAAUUUAGGAGUGUUUGGUAAUGGGAAUAAAGCAAGGUAAUGAUGGGACAAGAGAGGAAGGAAUUUGACAUAUGAGGGAUGAAAAAAAGAAAGGGGUAUAUAUCUGAUUUUAAGGUAAUCAUUAAAUAUGGGAUAAGGAUCUUAUGGAAUCAUUGUUUUUUAAUUUGGUGGGCACAAAGCAUUUAAAAGAUGGGUGCAAAAACAAACAUGUGGCCAAUGAUUUUAAUCUCUCUUUUUUAUCCGUGUCAGCUUUUGAAAAAGUUAGGGACAUUAAAAUAAGUAUAAUGAUACUAAGUUUC